ACACUAUCACCCAUAUUCCUUUGGCCAAAAGCAAGUGGAAUGGUCUAAGCCCAACGUCUGUGGAGUGCAGAAACAGUCCGUCUCUAAUGAGAGGAGCUACAAAACCACAUUUCAAAGGGCGCGCAUGGAGCAGUGAAAAAUCGGGAACACUAAUGUUAUUUACCACUGUUUCUUCCUGGGACUUUCCAGCUUACUUCCAACUGACGGUAGAGGAGAUACAUUUCUUCUCAUGUUAGCUGCAAACAGGAAUGAUUUGCCCCAGCAGUAGUUCCAGAGAACUGCUGGUUUAUAUUUUAACUCUUGCCAACUUGUGAAAAUAGUGAAGGAUGCUUAGACUACUUAACAUUCAAAUUGCUCUCUGGUUAUUCAUCUUUAGAAGACGGGAUUUCUGGAUAUCUACUCCACUCCUUCUCUAUUGACUUUUAAAACAUGAUAGUGCAAACCUGUAACACUGGCAACCAUCCAUGAACCUUUAAUUACGUCGACUGAUUGCGUUUGAAGCUUCCUCAGGGAAUAAACAAUGACAUCAGCAGUAGUUGACAGUGGAGGUUCUGUUUUGGAGCUUUCCAGCAGUGGAGUAGAAAAUCAAGAGGAAAGUGGAAAGGUUUCUGAAUAUCCAGCAGUGAUUGUGGAGCCAGUUCCAAGUGCCAGAUUAGAGCAGGGCUAUGCAGCCCAGGUUCUGGUUUAUGAUGAUGAGACUUAUAUGAUGCAAGAUGUGGCAGAAGAACAAGAAGUUGAGACCGAGAAUGUGGAAACAGUGGAAGCAUCCGUUCAUAGCAGUAAUGCACACUGUACAGAUAAGACAAUUGAAGCUGCUGAAGCCCUGCUUCAUAUGGAAUCUCCUACCUGCUUGAGAGAUUCAAGAAGUCCUGUGGAAGUGUUUGUCCCUCCUUGUGUAUCAACUCCAGAAUUUAUCCAUGCUGCUAUGAGGCCGGAUGUCAUUACAGAAACUGUAGUGGAGGUGUCAACUGAAGACUCUGAACCAAUGGAUACCUCUCCUCUUCCUACGUCACCAGAUAGCCAUGAACCAAUGAAAAAGAAGAAAGCUCAAAGGGCUUCGCAGAUUAUCAGAUCUUCUGCAAUCGUUGGCCGUAAACCAAAGACCCAGCAGUCGCCAAUUUCCAAUGGGUCUCCUGAGUUAGGCAUAAAGAAGAAGCCCAGAGAAGGAAAAGGAAACACAACCUAUUUGUGGGAGUUUCUUUUAGAUCUACUUCAAGAUAAAAAUACUUGUCCCCGGUAUAUUAAGUGGACUCAGAGAGAAAAAGGCAUAUUCAAGCUUGUGGAUUCAAAGGCUGUCUCUAAGCUUUGGGGAAAGCAUAAGAACAAGCCAGACAUGAACUAUGAAACUAUGGGACGAGCUCUGAGAUAUUAUUACCAAAGGGGUAUUCUCGCAAAGGUUGAAGGACAGAGGCUUGUAUAUCAGUUCAAGGAUAUGCCCAAGAACAUAGUGGUCAUAGACGAUGACAAAAGUGAAACCUGCAGUGAGGAUUUAGCAGCAGCUGCUGAUGAAAAGUCAUUAGAACGAGUGUCACUGUCUGCAGAAAGUCUCUUGAAAGCAGCAGCUUCUGUGCGUGGUGGGAAAAACUCAUCUCCUCUAAACUGCUCCAAAGCAGAGAAGGGUGUAGCUAGAGUUGUGAACAUCACUCCCCCUGGUCAUGAUGCUUCGUCCAGGUCUCCUACUACUACCGCAUCUGUAUCAGCAACAGCAGCUCCAAGGACAGUUCGUGUGGCAAUGCAAGUGCCUGUUGUAAUGACAUCGUUGGGGCAGAAAAUCUCAACUGUGGCCGUUCAGUCAGUUAAUGCAGGUGCACCACUGAUAACCAGCAGUAGCCCAACAACAGCGGCCUCUCCGAAGGUAGUGAUUCAGACGAUCCCUACUGUGAUGCCAGCCUCCACUGAAAAUGCAGACAAAAUCACCAUGCAGCCUGCCAAAAUCAUUACCAUCCCAGCCACACAGCUCGCACAGUGUCAGCUGCAGACAAAGUCAAACCUGCCUGGGUCAGGAAGCAUUAACAUUGUUGGAACGCCACUGGCGGUGAGAGCGCUCACCCCGGUUUCAAUAGCCCACGGCGCGCCUGUCAUGAGGCUGGCAGUGCCGCCUCAGCAGGCAUCUGGCCAGACUCCUCCCCGAGUUAUCAGCGCCGUCAUAAAAGGGCCAGAGAUUAAAUCGGAAGCAGUGGCCAAAAAGCAGGAACAUGAUGUGAAAACUUUGCAGCUGGUACAGGAAGAAAAACCGGCAGAUGGAAAUAAGACAGUGACCCACGUAGUGGUUGUCAGUGCGCCUUCAGCUCUUGCCCUUCCCGUAACUAUGAAAACGGAGGGACUGGUGACAUGUGAGAAAUAAAAGAGCAGCUCUCCCAUGGGCGCUAGAAUGUUAGUGCUAGUCCUGACAUUAAGCAUUUGCAAGGAUGUCAUCAAGAGAAGUCAGAAGACUUUAAAACAUUUGUAAUGCAUAUAAGAAAACAAUCAAACUUACUGGAAGUAAAUUACCUAUCCCAUGUUUCAGUGGGAAGUGAACUACAUGUUGAGACGCUGACAGAAAACUGCCUCUUACAGUAGGAAACAACUGAACCCGUCAAUAAGAAGAAGGAUUGAAAGGGACCAAGCAACUCACUACAAUAUCAAGUUACACUAAGACUUGGAACACUAACAUUCUGUAAGAGGUUAUAUAGUUUUCAGUGGGGAGGGAUUGGGAUGGGUGAUCUCAUUGUUACAUAUAGCAAUUUUUGAUGCAUUUUAUAUGCAUACCAGCAAUUAUUACUGUGUUCACACAGAACUCACUUAACUGGUGCUAUGUGAAGACUGCUAAUAUAGGUAUUUUAGAAUGUGAAUUGAAGAAUGGAUCCAAAAGCUUCAGAAAGAGAGCAAAAACGAUCUAGUGCGAUUUUUUUUUUUUUUUUUUUUUUAUCAUAUAGCUUAAGCUGAAAACAAAGGCCUUAGACUAAUUUUCGGUUUUCUUUAUUGAAAUAAGCUAAUGGCUUGUUUGUGUAAAGCUUUUUUAUUAAAAGAAAAAUUUUAAAAAUC